GUGUCAUGAUUCUCUAAGAUAAUCGGACGUAGUCUUACUAGACCAUGGUUAGUCGGCAUCCAGCUGUAUUGCUGGAACAUCAUACUGGCUCUGGUCUCCCACAUUUCCUAGCCAGUUUGACGAUUUUGUUCGGUGAAACUCAUCAACAUUUGCCUCAAGCAAGCUAUCCCAAGAACAGGAAGUGAUUGGCCAAGGUGGUGAUUUAAUUGAAAGUUUUAAAAAUGAUUCAGCCAGGGAUAACUUUGCUGCUGAUUUUGGCUGUGUUCAGUUCCAUCUGUCAGCAAGCUCCUGCAACCAGCACUAGACAAUAUGAAUUGGGGACCACAUAUAAUUAUCACUACACAGCUGCAGUAUUAUUGAAUGAGGCACAGCCACUGUUCUCUCAAAAUUCAACUAAAACAAAAGGAACUGAUGUGGGAUAUCAAGUUGCAGCAACUGUUGAGUUGACUCCUGUGUGGCAGAACCCAUCUAAUACUGCCAAUAUGUUAUUUGAGCUCUUGAUGUCUAAUCCGAAACUUUCUAUUCGGUCCCGUAAAGCCCAACAACCCGACGGAUUUGUUGAUCACUCAUCGCCCUUGGAUGAUACAGAAUCGACCGCCGUGUACAUCGACUGGAAUGAUGGGAAAAUCUCUAACAUUUACGCUUUCGAGUCGGAAUCUAUUUCAUUGGUCAACUUUAAAAAGGGCAUUGCCAGCCUUUUCCAACUCCAAACCUCGGCUGUUGAACUUAACGAACUUGAUGCUUCGGGAAGCUGCACCGCUGCCUAUACAAAUCUUGGUGGCCGAUCUUUUCUGAAAAUAAAAAACGAUUGCCAAUUUCAAAGACCGACCACCUCGUUUGCCCAGGCUAAAAAAAUAUUGGGUUUAUCAUCCGUUAGUAGCUAUCAAACCAAAUACAGUUUUAAAAGUGAUUCAGAUGUGGUAGACACAUUGACGUCAACCGAAGUCCACAGCAUCAGAGUAAACCUGCGCUCUCAAGCCGGAGCCUCUGUAGUAUCACGUCAAUACCUCCGAUUAAACGGCGAAUCCAAAUCGAAAAAGAAAAUUUCCGCAGUGUCAUUGACCAAAGUUAUUCAAUCCGUUACGAUGAAUACCAACGUAAAUCUCGUCGAGGAUAACCUUCAGCUAGUGGAAGAAUCAUCUGUACUCGCCUGUGAGACCUCAUCUUGCAAAAAUCUUAAAAAGGCUGUCAACGAAGUAAGGAAAAACCUCCAAACCUCAAAAGUCGCAACUAGUUUGGGCGCUAGUGCAUUCGUCACGCUUUUACCCGUCGUUCGGCAAUCGUCCAAAGAUGAUAUUUUGGUUCUGUUAAAAGAUUCCAAGAACAAACAAAUUUUACCGCAACUGAUCGAUGUAGUCGCAGCCGCUCAAACCGCUGAAAGCUAUGCUGCUGCUUUGGAGGCGAUCAACUUUCAGUCUGAAAACAUUGAUCUGGCUGAGCGAUUCUUGCAAGUAGUUUCACUAUCGACUCGACCAUCUGAAUAUCUACUUGGCGGUUUGUUGAAGUUAUCCAAAAAAAUCAAGUCAGAAAAACUCAGCGAAACAGCAUUGCUGAGCUUGGCUGCGAUUACAAAAACUUUUGUUAUAAAUCAGCAAGAGAAAGCAAGUGACAAGCUAGUUAAAGAUAUCACCACCUACUUUACGGACAACCUGAAAACUUGUGCCAGCGAAGAUUGUAACCAACUUUACAUGCGAGUCUUUAAAAACUUGGGCUCGCCAGAAACGCUACCCAUUAUUUUGACCCACAUUGACAGCCAGGAUAAGAAGACAUCAGUAUGGGCAGUUAAAGCUUUAAAAGCUCUUCCCGCUUCCGUCUUCCUCGACGAUCGUGUUAAACAAAAAUUGGAGAUUAUUUACUUUCAAGUUGAUCGUCCUUACGACUCGAGCGCUCGCACAUUGGCAUUGGAUAUGUUGCUCGAUCACCAGCCUGACAGCACUUUUCUUAUCAACGUCUUGAUUUCUCUUUCGAUGGGAGGCAGCGAAAAUUUGGAGCUAAACACCUACUCACUGCAGCGAUUGCAAGAAUAUGCCGGAAAUGACCCAGUUGUCCGUUCUCAGUUGAAGCAAAUCUUAUCAGACCGACCUUCUCUUAACAAUUAUCACGUAUUCGCCCAGAAUGGAAUGUCAACGACCUUCUCUCGCGAUCUGUAUCGCAACGUUGAUGGCAAUGGAAGCUUUAGUUCUUCCACUGAAGCGGCAAACAAAAUGAUGAAACGCGCCGCUUUUGAUGUUUAUUUGCGAAACCCCGAAGACACUUUUCAGCUACUCUCGGUCGGACUUUUUACCGGUGGAAUGGGUUCUUUGAUGGGUUUUUCUACUGAAGGUGACGAAGAAGAACCUACAGCAGGCAUGGAAGUCACACUUGCUGGUGUCCAGCUAAGACCUGUUAUUUUCUUCUCGGGUCAAAGCGAGCUAAUGGGCCAUGUCUGGUCUGGCACAGCAUCUGAAAGAACCACAGCCCUACAGGCUACUGUGCUGCUUCAGGAUUAUCGUAAUGUCGUACCACUCCAAAGUGGUUUUGUUACUACACUCGACGUGCGUGGUUCUGUCUCUUUUGAUUUUGGUGGCGAAAUCCAAAUCAGUAUUUGGAACAGAAAUUCUCAUUCAGUUGUCGAAGAUAUCGCUGCAUGGGAGCUAGAGGGGUCAUUAAAUUUAAACACGCCGUUUGUUAAAUCAUCUGUUGAUUUCACUGUGGGUGCUGAAUCUCGGGUCGAUUUCGUCAAUGAUGUUAGCUUUGCUAACGGAAUUCUUUUAUGCUUGCGUAUGGGCCAAGCUGAAUUCAACAUAGAUUACACUGUGCAGAAGCGCGAAAGCAUUCCGGGAACUAAGCACUGGAUUCACAAAAAGAAGAAACGCCAAGAUUUCGUCCCAGGUCGCACGUUCAAACUGAAUGACCAGAAUUCUGGCUUCUGCAAUGAAAUGUUCCCUGCAGUUGAGAGUACUGGAUCAUCUUAUUUUUAAAAGCAAUGUGUUUUUCUUUUUGUUUUUAGGUAAAUAUUUUAAAUGACAUAAUUGGGGUCCAAAGAUGCUCAAAUGAAGCAAAGUGGUUUAAAGUAGUUUACAACUUUCAUGGUUCUAAUUGAAUGUAAAUGAACAGGGACAAUGUAAAGUAAUUGUCACUGAAUAGAUUUGAAUGUGUUCCAUCAAAAUAAACUGCAUUUUCAUCCAUAA